GAACCGGCUUAGUAUGCGUGGUUGCAAUCGGCGUUAGUCGGAUGAAUACGUUACUUGCCUACUCAUGUAGAUUUCCAAGUAUCCAGUUUGUAAACUCAAUCAAGAACUAUCGAUAAUGAACUUGUCCUGCUACUGUUGUAUGUCGAUUGUAAUAUGAACCAACGACACUGUCAUGUAGUAAUGUGUCAUUAUCCACAAUCUUGAUUAAUAAGCUUGCCCUGACGAGUUCCGAGUGUACCUGGCAACGUUUAAAUAUGGCGGACGAAGACAAACCCCAGAAUGUCAGACUGUGUGAUCAAGGUGCGGACGGAAGUUUAGAAGAAUUCAUUCGUGACCAUUACCAACAAGAAAAAAAUGCUGGGAAGCUGACAGCCUCUGAUAAUUUGGAUGAGAAGAGGAUUGAUGACUUCUAUAACCGUGCAAUUUCUGAGAGUAGAAGAAUGAAUGAAGAAGUGGUGAAGUCAAAGCAGAAACAACAGCAGCUACAUGAGGAGCUUGGUGGGAAGAACUUGGCUGAAUGGAGAGAGGAACAUGCCUCUCAAGCACUGCAACCAGAGCAGGCUGAGAGGGUUCGACUGGCUGACCAAUACUGCUGAACAUGUUUACAUUAAACUUGCAUAUUUCA